AUGAUGCUCCGUUCUCGCAACACCAUCAACCAGAAUGGCGAGGGAAAACGUCAGGUACUGAAGUCUGUGACCUCGAAGCACAAGAAUAUUGAUGUUUCUGAUCAGCCAAAGAUGAAGAGGGCGGCUCUUGGAGAUAUUACAUCUGUAAGUAGUAGAGAUUGAAUUUUUUGGUGUGUCCUAUCUUUUAGAUGCUUAUCAACAUUUCUCGUCGAGUGGUUGAGCCUUUAUUUGCUUUAGGCAUCUUUUGGCUAAAUUAUAUUACACUUGAUACCUAUUUUUGAUGUUAGUGUUUCGGGAGUAUUUGAGUGUAUUAUCUGUUUGGAAAUGGCUCGAAAUGAUAGUGUAUGCAUCUAAAAUAUUUAUUUGCAGGGUCUCUCGUCAUAUCAGAUCGAUUCCACGAAGAAAAAAUGCACUUCCGUGACCUUCAACCUCAAGGUGGAGAAGGUCGAACGCCUUCUUUCGUUGAAGGAUGUGGAAGAAGCGGAGGAGCUGGAAGUCGACCCAUGCCCUGAGGUCGACUUUGACAAGGAGAAUGCGUCCGAUCCGUAUGCCGUUUCGGACUUUGCUGCCGAUAUCUUCAAGUACCUCAAAUCGAGAGAGGUAGGUCUAAUAUAACUGUGAUUUUUACAUGCUAUUUGCGUCUGAUUGGCUGAUGGGGUGCUUUAUUGCAGCCUCUUUUUAUCCCUGGCCGUUACUCAGUUCAACACAAGUUCCUGGACAUGAAGAAUCGCGCAAUUUUGGUGGAUUGGCUGAUCGAGAUUCAGGAGGCAUUCGAACAAAAUCAUGAGACCCUUUAUAUGGCCGUGAAUCUGAUGGAUCGUUUCUUCACCAACUGUCGGGUCCUCCGGAAGGAGCAGCUGCAGCUGGUGACUACUGCCGCUGUGUUGGUGGCUUCAAAAGUUGAGGUAAGGAGUGAGAUCAAUUAUAAUAUAAUUUUUUGUCGUGGACAGUGUUUUGAGGAAAAAUUCGAGGGGGGGGGUUAUCAUUUAUUAGAGUCGUGGAUGGUUUCCGGAAUUAAUUGUAGCUUAAAUAGAGGGGUAAGAUGGGACCGUAACACAUUUUUUUGACGGUGCCGCUCGGUCUAGUAUAAGGUCGGAGACUUCAAUUUUUAUCAACUUCCCUAUUUCAAACACUUUCAGGAACGGUGUGCCCCACUCAUUGAUGAUCUGAUCUAUUUGGUCAAGGACGCGUUCGACGCCAAGACCCUCAAGAGAAUGGAACAAGAGCUCCUGGUCACCAUCGGCUAUGAUAUCUGUUCGCCAUUGUCCUACUCGUUCCUGAGACGCUAUGGACGCGUGAUCAGGUGUGAUAUGCCUUUGCUGACUCUGGCCAGAUACAUUCUUGAAGUUUCGUUGCAUUUCCUCGACUUUUGUCGAGUGGCGCCGUCCAAAAUGGCCGCCGCUUGUCUGCUGUUGGCCAUGAGAAUGACCAACGCUGGGGAAUGGAACACGGUGCUGUUGAAGUACUCGGGAUACACGGCGGAGGAUCUGGAGGCGUUGAGUUGGUCGUUAAACCACAUGCUGAAAGUCUACAGACAACGCUUUCCGGAGAUCAAGAUGGUUUGGGGGAAAUAUUCUCAUGAGUAGGUUUUGUUUCGAUGGAGAAUGUACAGUAAUCUUAUUUCCGUGGAAGUACAGCGGACCUGAUCCAGUGGCAAAAAACGUACCAUUUUGCAUCGGGAAGGUAUCAAAAAUGUGGCAAAAUGCUUCCCUCUCCAAGUGAAAAAAACCGUUUACGGAGUGCGAGUGCGCUUUUAAUCGGAGUUUCUCACUUGGAGAGGGAAGCAUUUUGCCACAUUUUUGAUAUUUCCCGGAUGCAAAAUGGUACGUUUUUUGCCACUGAAUCAGGUCCCCCAGUAUCUGUACAUGUUGUAUUAUACCUCAUGUAUAAUGUAUGAAAAAUUUCAGAGUAUUCUUUGAAGUGGCCAAGACCCCGAUCCUGAAGGACAGAUUCCGUGCUGACGCACCAAUUGGCCCUCCCAACAAGGACAUUGCUGAUCACUCGAACUUGGAACAUUAG